UUGAUCUGCAAAGGGUGGGGCACAUGGACUGUUGGAAAGCCUUAAAGGCUGUGACUCAUAUUUCUGAAGGCAGAACUUUUCAGCCCGAGUAUUUAUCUGACAGUACAAGAUGCUGUUAUUUACAGCAGCGUGAGCUGAACCUCACUGAGAAAAAUUUCUGUUUACUGAAAUACAGAACCAAGAGAAAGACAAGAUGGGCACUGCUGGAAAAGUUAUUAAAUGCAAAGCAGCUGUGUUAUGGGAACCGAAGAAGCCUUUUUCCAUUGAGGAAAUAGAAGUUGCCCCACCAAAGGCUAAAGAAGUUCGUAUUAAGAUUUUGGCCACAGGGAUCUGUCGCACAGAUGACCAUGUGAUAAAAGGUAUAAUGGCGGCUCAGUACCCAGUGAUUGUGGGACAUGAAGCAACUGGGGUCGUGGAAAGCAUUGGAGAAGGUGUCACUACGGUGAAACCAGGUGACAAAGUCAUCCCCCUCUUUCUCCCUCAAUGUAGAGAAUGCAAUGCUUGCCGCAACCCAGAUGGAAACUUUUGCAUUGAGAGCGACAUUACUGGUCGUGGAGUACUGUCUGAAGGCACUACCAGGUUUACAUGCAAGGGCAAGCCAGUCUAUCACUUCAUGGGCACCAGUACAUUUACUGAGUACACAGUGGUGGAUGAAUUUUCCCUUGCUAAGAUUGAUGCUGCAGCUCCCCCUGAGAAAGUCUGUUUAAUUGGAUGUGGGUUCUCCACUGGAUAUGGGGCUGCUAUUAAAACUGGCAAGAAAAAGCACAGAAAAGUUAUACUUGUGAUUAUAGGUUAUUAUAGCAAAAGGAUACAACCAGCAAAAGAUUAA